UUCAAAUAAAGCAAAAGAAAAUGCUUAGAAAAACUAUAACAUUAGUUCUUGUAGCUUACUUAAAUGUAAGCUUAGCAGAACCGCAGAGAUGGCAAUCGAACUCCAGAAUAUCAAGGUUCCAAAGGCUACAGGCUCCACCCCCACAAUCUGCUGCUCCAGCCCAACCUCCUGUUCCUCAGACAGUUUAUGGACCACCAUCUCCAGCGCCUAGUUAUGGACCCCCACCACCACCAAGUGCAUCUUAUGGACCUCCAAGUCAAGAUCCUUCGCUGACUACUACAGGGGCAGCCACUACUACUGAACUACCUGCCACAACAGAACCAAACUCGGAAUCGGUGAAUGCUACCAGCGCCAGCGGUCGAUUGAGAGAAAAGCCAGAUACUGGGGUUUAUUAUAUUUAUCAUCCUAGUGGGCUUUUGCAAAAAGUUAGGUAUGAGACUAAAGAUGAUGUUAGAAAUAAGGCCUUUAAUGCCAGACUGAAGUAUGAGAACGUUGAACCUAUAGCUGGGCCAAUUUAUACCUACGACCCUCAAUCUUAUGUGUUUCAAAGAAUUAAGAAGCGAUAAACUAAGACAUGCCAUUCUU